UUCCACAAAGACUACGAUUAUGUGAUCGUUACUUGCUAUGCAGCUUUAUCUUAUAUAAAUCCGAUGAAGAAGAAUAGCUCAUAUCUCGUUGAAGCUCCAAUAAAUGUCUCUCAACACCCUCCCGCUAACCUUAUGGCUUCCAUUUCUCCUUCUUCUCCCUCUACUGAUUUUACUGAAAAAGAAUAAAAAGCCACAAAAACACUUCCCGCCAAGCCCUCCUAAGCUUCCCAUCAUAGGCAACUUACACCAAUUUGCACAAUCUGGUUCAUCACCUCACCAAAAUCUAUGGCGCCUCUCGAAAAAGUUCGGUCCAAUCAUGCUCCUACACCUCGGUCGCAUACCGACCCUCAUCAUCUCAUCAGCUGAAGCAGCAAAACAGGUCUUGAAAGAUAAUGAUCUCAACUGCUGCAGCAGACCCUCCUCCUCGGGGUCUCGAAAACUCACCUACAACUAUAUAGACAUGGGAUUUGCGCCUUAUGGUGAGUAUUGGCGAGAAAUGAGAAAACUAUGUGUCCUUGAGCUUUUCAGUGUGAAAAGGGUGCAGUCUUAUCGGUUGAUUAGGGAAGAAGAAGUGGCUAAAAUGAUUGACUCAAUAUCCAAAGAAUCUGCAUCUUCGUCCUCUAAUUCAUGUGUUAAUAUUACUGAGAAGUUGUAUGCUGUCAUGGGCAGUAUAACUUUCAGGGUUAUUUUCGGGACAAGUUUCGAGGGAAGUGAUUUCGAGCACGAUAGGUUUCAUCAAGUGCUUCAUGAAGCUGAAAUCAUGCUUGCAGGCUUCUCUGCAGCUGAUUAUUUUCCAUUUGGUUAUCUUAUAGACAGGAUCUCCGGGAAACAUAAACAAUUUGAAAGGGUAUCCGGGGAACUUCAUCACUUUUUUCAGCAGGUGAUUGAUGAUCAUCUCAAGCCAGGGAGGACACAACCAGAGCAUGAAGACAUAGUUGAUGUGUUGCUUAAAAUAGUGAAGGAGCAAACUGGUUUUGGAGCUGCUCAUUUUGGUCAUGAUAACAUCAAGGCACUUCUUGUGAACUUAUUUCUAGGUGGAAUAGAUACCGGUGCAAUUACCAUGCUGUGGGCGAUGGCUGAGCUAGCUAAGAAUCCUAGACUGAUGAAGAAAGCACAGGAUGAAGUUAGAAGCUGCGUUGGAAACAAAGGAAAAGUCUCUGAAAGUGAUACGGAACAGCUUCCGUACCUCAAGAUGAUAAUCAAAGAAACACUUCGACUGCAUCCUCCAGCUCCACUGAUGCUUCCAAGAGAGUCCAUGUCCCCCUUUAAAGUCCUUGGGUAUGAUGUUGAACCCAAAACACUAGUCAUAAUUAAUGACUGGGCAAUUUCACGAGAUCCAGAAUUUUGGAAAGACCCAGAAGAGUUCAUCCCAGAAAGGUUUGAUGAUAGCUCUGUCGAUUUUAGGGGGCAACACUUUGAGUUCUUGCCAUUUGGAGCUGGUCGGAGAAUGUGUCCGGGAAUUUACAUGGCAACAACAACUGUGGAGCUUGGACUUGCAAAUCUGCUGUACAGCUUUGAUUGGAAAUCGCCAGAGGGAAUGAAAGAAGCUGAUAUCAACAUGGAAGAAACAACUGGGGAACUUUCCCUAACUAUCUCCAAGAAAACUGCUCUCAACCUUGUCCCCGUGAAGUUUUCUAGUUAGGAAUUAUGAUUUGUAAUGUUCUUUCGAACAAUUUUGAGUUGUUAAAUAAAGUUUGAGAAAUAAAGGUUUGGAUUGAUGCUGAAAUGCC